AUGGCAGGUAUGGUUAAUGCAGAUUCUCGUUCUUUAGAACAAACGCCCACUUGGGCUGUGGCUAUUGUUUGCUUGGGCUUUGUACUCAUUUCUAUACUCAUCGAACAAGCUAUUCAUUUCCUUUCCAAGUGGUUCGAGAAACGCCGAAAGUUAUCCCUGGCAAAAGCACUAGAAAAGAUCAAAGAAGAAUUGAUGCUUCUUGGAUUUAUCUCGCUGCUUCUCACUGUUGGGCAGAAGUCAAUUUCACAGAUUUGUAUAUCUAAAAGCUUAGCAGAAUCAUUCCUUCCCUGUUCAAAGCAGGAAGUCUUGGCAAAAAAUGUCACUCACAAGAUUGAAAACUUGCCAUUACUUGGGCACCAUCGCAAGCUCCUGGUAUUAGCUUCAGAAAUACCAUUAAGACGUAGCUUGGCGAGAGAUGACGUUGCUUACAAUUACUGUGCUAAAAAAGGGAAGGUUCCUCUGAUAUCACAAGAUGGACUCCAUCAACUGCACAUCUUCAUUUUCGUAUUGGGCGUUUUUCAUGUCCUUUCUUGUUUUGUCAUCCUCACAUUAGGAUCGUUAAAGAUGAAGAAAUGGAAAGCAUGGGAGGAAGAGACUAAAACAUUGGAUUAUCAAUAUUCUACCGAUCAUUCAAGGUUUAGAUAUACUCGUGAAACUACUUUUGGAAGGAGGCAUAUGAGCUUUUGGUCUAAAACACCAAUUCUCUCUUGGAUUGUUUCUUUUUUCAGACAAUUCUUUAGAUCUGUGGCCAAAGUGGACUACUUAACAUUACGUCGUGGCUUUAUACUUGCUCAUUUUGCUCCACAUAGUAAAUUUGAGUUUCAAAGAUAUAUAAAGAGAUCUUUGCGGGAAGACUUUAGUGAUGUUGUAUCAAUUAGUCCACCUUUGUGGUUUAUUGCAAUCGUAUCUCUACUUCUCAUGAGAAAUGGAUGGUACACAUUCAUUUGGCUAUCAUUCAUUCCAUUAAUAAUUCUUCUAAUAGUGGGAACAAAGUUGCAAGCUAUAAUAACGCAAAUGGCGCUGGAUAUCCAAGAAAGAAAUCCUGUUGUGCAAGGAGCUCCAGUGGUGAAUCCCAAUGACCAACUCUUUUGGUUCAAACGACCCCGGCUGAUUCUUCAUCUCAUUCACUUUUCCCUGUUUGAGAGCGCUUUCCAACUUGCGUUUUUCUUUUGGGCAUGGUAUGAGUAUGGCCUGAAAUCCUGCUUCCACAAACAGACGGUAGAUAUUGUAGUGAGAGUAAGCUUGGGGAUUACAGUUCAAAUAGUGUGCAGCUAUGUCACUCUCCCUCUCUAUGCUCUUGUUACACAGAUGGGGACAAACAUGAAACCAACGGUAUUUGGUGAAAGAAUAGCCACCUCCUUGAAGAAGUGGCGCCAGAGAGCUAAGAAGAAACUUAAAGGAAAGCAAGAAAAUCUAUCAAGCAGACCAACUAAAUCACCUGAACGAUCUUCCCCACUUCAUCUUUUACACAAUUACAAUAGUGUAAUAGAGACAGAAAGUUUAGAGCAAUUAGAACAAUUUGAACAUAAGAUUUCAAAUAUUGAGGCAGUUACAGAUACACCUUCAUCUUACCAAUCUCAACUCAAUACUGAUAACGAUUUCAAGGAAGAAAUACAUGGAGGAGCACAAGACGCUGAAACAAAUGGUUCUGGGUUCACCUUUCACUUAUCCAAGCAACGAUGA